AUGAAUGCAAGUACCAAAUAUUCCACUGUAAACUUAAUCAAUCAUACUGAACUUCUUCCAACCAAUGGAGAGAAUAUAAUACUGGGAGAAGGAUCCUAUGGUCGAUGCCUUCUGAGACAGUACACACGAUUUGAUAUAAAGGUUGUGGAAAAACAAUCUAUGAUGCAGGACACCACAGAGAUAAUGAAGGAGGCUCACUUUAUGCAGGCACUCGCACAUAAAAGUAUCCCAACCAUAAUAGGUGUGCAGCUUCAAAAGCAGCCCAUUUCCUUAAUAAUGGAGUUUAAAGGGGAAGACAAUACAUCUGUAACAAUAAGCAAACUAUUGCCUUGUCAGAAAAACUGUGCAACAAUACAGAAUGUGCAAAGCUCACUCAUAACAAAUGACUGGUUAAUUAUUUCACAUGAUUUGACAGAAGCCCUUUCACAUAGUCACACAAAAGGCUUUCUUCACUGUGAUUUGAAGGCUAAUAAUGUUCUUGUGAGUAACAAACAUGGCUACAUCAUCGAUUUUGGAAAAGCAUGUGAGAGCUCCUUUCCUCCUGCAAAGAAGUACAGCAUCUGUUAUCCUCAUAUUGCUCCUGAGGUUCUUAAUGGUUCUCCCUGUAGCAAAGCAGGUGAUAUUUUUCCCCUUGGUAAAAUUCUGUUCAAAGUAGGUGUUAAGCAAAACAUUCCACUUUUGGUUUCCAUGGCUCAAGAAUGUUUGGAUGCCAGCCCUGUAAGAAGACCAACAACAACAGGCAUUAUGGCAACACUGGCUUCCAUAAUAUCUCACUGA